UCAUAGCAAUGUUAUUUUAGCACCUAAAAUACAGUUCAACAUAACAUUAAACCAUCAUAGUAUAUCAGUUUUAAUGGAUAAAAAAUGUCAAUUGAAAUUGUGAGUCCUAAGUGAGAUAAGUUUAUAUAUGUAUAUAUAUAUAUAUAUAUAGGCCUUGUUUUGAUGCAGCAAUGUUAGUUUAUAGAGGACUUUCUUUCCUAUUACUAUGAAAUCUGAAACACAUUUUUGAAAAUGGAGACCCAAAAAUGAAACACAUGAUUAGCAGAUGAGUCCUCAUUGAAACACAGGAAUGCUCUGCCUCAGCUUGUUAACACUUGAUCCCUUCCUGUCAGAGCUUCAAGGCACAUAUCUUAGUGGAGACGUGCCAAACCUCCAGCUGGGAGGCGAGAAGCUGUGCCAUGUUUUUCAUCGUUCUUCCUUGUAUUUUUGGCAACCGUGUGAGGUUCGGGGGGUGUGACAUGAUGAAUGAAAGAGACAUCUCCUGGAGUUCAGUGUUUUUCUCGCUGCAAGUGAGCCACAGCCGCCAACAAGUCCCCCCUUCGUAUUCCAUCUGAGAUGCAUCCAAGUGCACAGUUGUGUAACUACAAAAAAUAAAUGGCUUGAAAUUUCAAAAAUAAAUGACAAACAAUUCCCAAGUUACGCUCCGUGUCAGAGUACUUUUCAAAUGUGGACAGCCAUGCCAUUUUGCUUCAUUACUUCACACUUGAAAGCAACUGAGUUUUGUUGCAUCAUGAUUACAGCUGCUCCACAACAAAGAGCACACAGUUUGAAACAACGUGCCAUUUAUUCAGCAUGCAGCCUUUCUCUAUCUGCUCAUUGCUGUGAUUUGUAUCAGACAGGAUGCCUCUCCUGUAAUAGACACGUUAUUCCAGAGGGGAAAAUGUCCAUUAAAGAGUCACUGAACUCUCCUUGGAGAGAUCUGAUUCCAGUCUACCGCGGCCCUCCUGAGGCUGGAGUGUGAGUUUUCUAAUCUUGUAAGUGAUGGGGGGGUGGAAAGCAGAAAUGAAGCAUCCAUUUUAAUUCUUCUUCACAAUUAGAAGUUCAGCUUUAAUGCAGUUGGCAUGAACAGAAUCAUCUGUUACUGAAUGUUGUGGGAUUAUUUACAGUGCUUGGUCUGAUGGGACUGAAGGUCUAAGCUGUAAAAAUUAAGAUAAAAGGUAAAAAAAAAGAAAAACAUCUCACUGCAGAAACAACACAUCAAUUUAAGUAAUUAAGUGGACAAACAAUAUCUAAAUCAAGCCUGAAAUAUGAGGACAAGCAAUUUCUUACAGAAACAUUGACCUAACAUCCGACACAGGACCUGAAAGGUCGUCCUUCAGUUCAUGAUCAGCUAUAAUUUUCAGAUUAUAGCUUUUUCAGCAUCGCCAAGUUCAUGCUAAAACAUACUGUUGUCUGUCAAAAUGUCUUUUUUUUCCCCAUAUUCAUCUGCUUCUCCACCAGAAAAAGGACAGUCUGCCUCAAGUGGAGGAGUUUAAGUAUCUUGUCUUGUUCUUGAGUGGUGGUUGCAUGGAAGAAGAAACGGACAGACUGGGGUUUUGUCUGCAGUAAUGCAGGCGCUGCUCCGGUCUGCUGUAGUGAAGAAAAAGCUGAGCAAAAAAGCAAAGCUCUCAAUAUUCCUGUCCAUCUACAAUCCAAUCCUCACAUAUGGUCAUAAGAUCAUGACCAAAAGAAGAAAGAACGAGAUCUCGGAUACAAGCGGCCAAAACGAGCUUCCUCCAUAGGGUGGCUGGAGUCAAUCUUAGAGAUUAGGAGAAGGGCUCGAGGUAGAGCCACUGGUCCUCUGCAUCGAAAGGAUUCAGUUAGGGUGGUUUGAGCAUCUGAUGCUGAUGCCCCCUUAACACCUCCCUUUGGGGGUUUCCAGGGCACGUCGAAUUGGCAGGAGACCCAGGGGAAGCACUCACUGCAGGGACUUUAUAUCCCAUCUGGCCUGGGAGCGUCUUAGGAUCCCCCAGAAUGAGCUGGAAAAUGUUUCUGGAGGGAGAUGAUGUGAAAAAAUUAUUCUUUGAAUGAUUAACAUUAAUGAAAUAACAAUUCUCUUAAUAAAUAAAAUAAUUAUUUCAAAUUGCAAUCUGUCCAGGCUGUACCCUGCCACUCAUCCAAUGGUCGCCAGAGGAAAGCACCACAACCCUGCAAGGAUAAGCAGGAUGGCUGAACCACGUUUUAACAAUCCCUACUUUUGGCCUCCUCCUCCUUCUAUGCCUGGCCAGCUGGAUAACCUAGUCUUGAUCAAUAAAAUCAAGGAGCAGCUCAUGGCGGAGAAGAUCCGGCCACCACAACUACCCGCUGCUUCGGCCGCCUCCCAGCAGCCUCUGCUGUCUCCCUCCUGCCAGGCCGAUGGCAGCCAACAUGGGAUGUCCAAAGCUCAGCAGGGGUCAGGGCUGCACAGUCCAAGCCCCUCUCAGCCUGAUAUAGCCCUGCAUGCCCGCCCUGCCUCGAGCUCUGUCACAGGUCGUAUUCUGGGAGAUGUGAACUUGAAUUUGGAUGACAAGGCAGCUCUGAAAACCCGGGGGCUUUGGGAGGACUGGCACCUACGUCAGCUCAUAGACCAUCCCUCCAGAACAAACCAUGUCUCAGGUGUUGCAUUGGCAUCCAGAACCGGGAACCUCAGCACUUCAGAGAUCAUAACCCCCACAACACCCACCUCAAGCAGCCACAGUCGACUAGGUGGAGCCCCUACCCCUCACCUCAUCUCAGGAUUAGCUGGCAGCCACGGGAUCGAGCCAGGGAAAACCAACGGGGGUUUUGUUGGACUCCUCGGUCCUCCUCCAAAGCAGGAACGAGGGCGCAAGAAGAUCAAGGCAGAGAACGGGUCGUCACUUUUGGUGGUGCCAUACCCGAUCCUGGCCUCUGAUCAGUCCUGCGUCACCAUUACUGCAAAAGAAGGAAAAACUUACAGGUGUAAAGUUUGUCCUCUGACCUUCUUCUCCAAGUCGGACAUGCAAAUUCACUCCAAAACACACACAGAGGCGAAAGCCCACAAGUGUCCUCACUGCACCAAGACCUUUGCGAACUCCUCGUACCUGGCCCAGCAUCUGCGCAUACAUCUGGGCCUCAAGCCGUACCGCUGCUCCUACUGUGAAAGAUGCUUCCGACAGCUCUCCCACCUGCAGCAGCACACCAGAAUCCACACAGGUGACCGGCCUUAUAAAUGCCUCCACCCAGGAUGUGAGAAAGCUUUUACCCAGCUCUCUAAUUUGCAGUCUCACCAGAGGCAGCACAACAAAGACAAACCCUUCAAAUGCUCCAACUGUUUCCGUGCCUACUCAGACUCGGCCUCGCUGCAGAUCCACCUCUCUGCACACGCCAUCAAGAACACCAAGGCCUACUGCUGCAGCAUGUGCGGCCGGGCAUACACCUCAGAGACGUACCUCAUGAAGCACAUGCCGAAACAUGCUAUGUUGGAACAUGUUGUGUCCCAUCAUUCCCCACCGAACAGGACAGAUUCUCCCACGAUUCCCAUUCGGAUUUCCCUUAUCUGAGCUCCACAGCCAUCUCCUGCCCUCCCAUCAUGGACUCUUACUGCCAUGAUGGACCAUUUAUCUCAGAAAUGGAUUGCAGAAAUCAUUUGGGGGAGAGGUGCUCAUCUGACCAGUGUAUCCUUCUUCUCUGUCUUGCUAAAGAGAAAGUAUUAACGGGAUCAUCCAAAGAUGAUUUCAGCACUUUCAGGCCUGAGAUUGAAAGGCCCAAGAUUUCAUUUUUUUUAUUGGACUUAAACAAGUAUUGCUCCAGGCAGCUACUUAGAAAAUCUUUAUAAGCUUUGUGUUAUACAUAUAACUUUGUCUUCUUUUAUACACUGAUUUAAUUAACACCCCUUAAGUCAUAUAUUAUCAUCAGGAAUAGUCUUCCAUUAUCUACGGAUUCAGACAGCCUCGCUGACACCCAUGGUGUGUAAAAUGCCUUAAAUUAAAUUCAUAUUUCAUUAACGCAGCAUAAUUUCUCACAGAAAAAUCCAACAAUUAAUUUGAGUACUAAAAAAAUCAUAUAGUAUGAAAUAUUCUAUUGUAUGAAAUAAAAAUAUUCACUGUUGACAAAAAAAUCUUUAAAAUUAAUUUAUCUGAAACAUAUUAUAAAUUUAUAAGUUACUUUUUUAAGUGGAUCAAAACUGGUCAGAAAGGUUUAUUAGUAAUCCAUGAUUUUCUGGUCUCUUUGGAUACAAAUAUGGUCUUAGACAAAAAAAAAAGCCUCAUCUGACCUACUAUCACAAAAGUAAAUGUGAAGUUUGCUUAGCACAACUGGAACUUUAACUGGAACUAUGACUUUUUGUCAAAGGAGAGUGAAAUUAAGCCUUUCACCAACAAACACUCCAGUUGGGUUUGACAUGAAACGCAGGAUGAUUAUCUGGAAAUUCACCUCAUGUUAAGCAUGGUGGAGGAUGUAUGAUUUUUGGGGCUUGUAUUUCUUUCAAAGGCUCUGGGGACUAUCAGAGUGUGUUGUUUCGUGGACAUUUUGAAAUACCGGGAAAUUUUCUACCAGAAAAUGAAACAUUGGGUCGUGAUUCAACGAUGAUCCUGAACACAGGGCCCAACAUGGGACUGACAAGACCAUAAACUAAUAAAUCCUGUACAAUCCACCUUUAUUUAUGAACUCUACAGCUGUAAACAAUACAUAAAACAAUUUUAACAUUACAAAUGGCAUUACACAGACUUGAAACAUAGAAUACAAGUAAAAUAACUGAGAUACAAAUAUAUUUUAAAAUCACAUAUAAUCAGCCAUGCGGUUAAAAACUAAAACAACUUAAAUCAGCAUCUCACAUGAUGUCAAAAGCAAAGGAGACUAGUUUUACAAAGUGAAUUAAAAACACACUGUGAUGGUAUCUUUCUGGUGUGCAAUGGUAAGUCAUUCCACAUUUUAGGGGAAGAGCAAAAGAAAUCUCCCCUCUAAGCUUUCGUCAUUUAAUGAUGAUCCAGAACAUAGGGAAAACAAUAUGGAAAUUGUUCACUAGGCACAAAAUCAACCUUCUUCCAUGAUCUUUUUAAACCUUCAGACCUAAAUGCUGCAGAAAACCUGUGAGGUUAGUUGAAGAGAUAAGAGUAAAUAGGAAAAGAACCAGGAGUCUGGAAGAUCCGGAGGGAUUAUGCUCCAACCUUGUGAAAUAUUCAUUGGAAAGGACUAAGGGUUGUACAAAGUUUUUGACUGCAGGGAUGAUUGUGCCUCUGGUGAUUUUGUUAAAAACAAUCAUUUCUUAACUUGGGCUGCCCAGUGGUAAGCGCCAUUGCCUUGCAGCAAGAAGAUCCAAGUUCGAAUUCCAGCCUGGGCUCUUUUUGCAUAGAGAUUGUAUGGUCUCCUGGAACAUGCGUGGGUUCCCUCUGGGUACUCCAGCUUCCUUCCUCAGUCCAAAAACAUGACUGUUUGGUUAAUGGGUCUCCCUAAUGAUAUGAGUGUGUGUGUGCAUGGAUGUUUGUCCUGUGUGCCCUGUGAUGGACUGGUGACCUGUCCAGGGUGUACUCAAUGACCGCUGGAAAUAGCCCCCGUCCCCUAUGACCCAGCAAGGAUACGCGGGCAAAGACAAUGGAUGGAGUGGAGUUUUUCCCUGAUUGAUAAAUGUCCCAAAAUUAAAGGCUGGAUUUUUCUAAAUCUUUCAGUGUUAAUUAUUAUACUGCAAAAAAACGUUAAUUUAUUUUAAGGUUUAUUUACACAUCUUUGAGAUGGUUUGUCAACAUAAUUGUCUGUCUGUAAGUUAACCUAAAAAUGUAUACUAAUGCAUUCACUAAAAAUGUGUCAGUAUCUUCGGUUCCAGAGAUGUCCACCUUGUUGCCAAGCUCAAAAUCAGAUGGAGAUGUUUGAUUAAACUCCAUUUACUGAUAUCUGAAAUAAAAACUGUUUAUUUGCAUCAAUGCAAUUUACAAAUCAGAUCAAUAGAAGCGGUAGUGUUCAGUGGUUAAAGGCAGCACACAUGAUAACAUCUAAUUAAUAAAACACUAACAAAACUGUGCUUUGAUGGUCUCUUAAAGUCCUUUGUUCUCUCUUGAUGCAGAAGUUAAAAACGGGGACCUGGGGUAAUCCCAGAUCACAAGUCGUGAGGUUUUCCUGGCAAAAGACCUUUCUUGUCCUGAACUCCUAAAUCUGAAAGGCCUGUGCAUAUACCUAUGUGACACAUUUUAACACUGUGCUCAGGUUCAGAAACAUGACUUUUGUUCUCCUAUUUGCAAUUUAAAUGGAUUUUAUCAGUCUGAUUUAAAUUAUUUAAUAUUUAAAAAUAGUUUCCCAAAGGGCAAUUACUGGACAAACUGUGACAUACUGUUUUGUGUGGAAAAUGUGGACAAAAAGGGAAGAGCAAAUAUUUAUUGUAACCGGGCAUCAGCCAUGCUAAAGGAGAAAGUUCUCAGACACCAUGACUUGUUUUCUGAACUCAUACUGCACCCAAAAUUCUAGUUGUAUUCAGCUUUAGUUUUUCCCUGCAGCUGUGAUCAGAGAUGCAUAUAACACUUGGCGUCUUCUGAAUAACCAUUAAAGUUAAUCUAAUUUAGCAUAAAACGGCUUUUUCUAUGCAUUCCUCUUAUGGAAAGUGUUGGUUUCUGUGUUUUGUUUUUUUUUUGAUUGAAGAUUAGAUGCAAACAGCUGCCCAGGUUUAAUGUAGACUCUGUAGGGAUAUUUGGGAAUUCUCUGAUCAGUUUUUUUUUUUUCACAAAACAGUCCAGUGUUUGAAUAAUUUUCCCUGAAUCAUCUUUGGAAAUCUUUACUGCAUCCUUCAUGAUCAUCUUCAUUAUUAUCCUUCAUGAUCUUAUUUACAAUUAAAUUGUCAUUUUUGCCAAAGUCACAUUUAAUUAUUGGUCAUUUAUUUUUGUUUUAGAUUAUGAGUGUUUUAUGUGCUAUGAUUAGGUGCAUGGGCUGUAUCCAUAAAUAUCUUUAACAUUAGGGUCAUGUUUUAGUUUGUUAAAGUAUGUCAAAAGGUCUACAAUUUCCAGGCGGCGGACUUGUUUUUCAGCGACUGGUUUUGCAGUGUUAAUAACUUAGCUACACCAAAAUGCCAAAUAAUCCCUCUUCUCUCCUGAACCUAAAUUAUGACAAAGAAUAUUACAGGUAUUGGAUUAAAUAAAUGGAUCAAAAAUGUGUUUCCUAAAAUAUUUGAUCUUCAUUAUUCUUGACAAAUUAGUGUAUCUGUUGGAUUAUGAGUGUUGAUCACUAAUCUACAAGAAUCCAUGAUCAUUGCACUUUUGCCAUGCACAUAUAUUAUAUGGACCAGUUAAACAUUGUCACCAUCUUUAUCAAGGUUAAUGAGACAUCACAGUUUGCAGCUGCAUUCUGAGGUGAAAGUUUUCCAGUGAUUUACAAAUGCACACUUUAUUUUAAUAUAUUUAAGGCCUUAACUUUGUGUAAAACCCUUGAGUUCAUUUGUAAUCAACUUAACAUUUGCCAUUUAUGUCAGAGCAUGAUAAAUACUGUAAAUAAACAACUAACCGUCAAAGCAUUU